UCCUUAAAAGGCGAACUACUUCACUCUGGUUGUUUUCCACAUGUUAUUCUUCAUCAGCAAAUGCAAAUCUUCUUUCUCAAUAGAGGAAAAAGUUGCGCACUGAAUCUUCUUACCAGAUAGAAACAUUUUUUUGAGGGGGGUUUCAUUUUUGAAUAAAAGCAAAACAUUUCUGCAGAACAGUCUUUCUACGAAGCAGCAUGCUUAAGGUCCCAGAUCAUCAGGUUGCUGGACACAAAGCUGGUGAUGGACGGCUUGGACCACUGGUUGACGACUCAGGGCGUUUCUACAAGCCUCUUCAGGGUGAUGAGCGUGGAGCUAAUGAGGUCUCCUUUUAUUCAUCAUUUUCUUCAAACACUAAAAUUCCUGAUCAUAUCACAAGGUUCUUCCCCAAGUUUGAUGGUACUCAGCUUGUGGAAGCAUCUGAUGGAUCUGAGGACUACGUCCAGAAGUGCUUAAAGAAGGAUAGGGCAAGUUCAAGCCUUCCGAUGGGAUUCAGGGUAUCAGGUGCGCGAAUCUUUGGAAGCUUAAAAUUAGGAUACUGGGAGCCGAAGAACAAAUCUUCAAUUCAGAAACUUUCUGCUGAUGAAGUAAAGUUGCUUCUAAAAAACUUUGUUUCGUCUAAUGCAUCAGAAGAGACACAAAUGAAACCAGAUUGUGCAUUCGCAUCAACUGUUUAUGGUGGCUCCACGGGUAUUUUAUCACAGUUACAGGAACUAAAGGCAUGGUUUGAGGAUCAAACGAUCUACCAUUUCUAUUCUUGCUCAGUUCUUAUGAUGUUUGAAAAGGAGCUUGCAUCAUGUGGAAAGAGCCCCCGGGCAGAAAUCAAGCUUGUUGAUUUCGCCCACGUUCAUGAAGGCAAGGGUGUUAUUAAUCAUAACAUCCUAGGCGGGCUUUGCUCUUUCAUAAAAUUCAUCUCUGAGAUCCUCACCACUCCUGAAGAUUGUGCAACUGACCCAUCCAGACCACUCGGAGAACCUACUUGUCUCUUAAGGGUUGGGUUGAUUCGGAAAGCUACUAUAGAGUGUAGAAAUAUUUUAUUUUUCGAUGCAUAUAACGAUUUUGUAAGUCUAUUGUAGACUAGAUGUUUGCAAAUCUCAACACUCCACCAACCAACUAUGAAUCUCAAAUCUUCUAACCAAUUUCCUUAUUCUGAAUUUGAAUUACUUGUGGACAACAAUUUUGUAAGUUUGAUUUUAUUGUCUUUAUGACUUGCUGAUUUUCAUCUA